AGCUGAGAACAUGAGGCUGGAACAUGAACCUUAUCAGUUCUCAUCAAAAGAAAUAAUAAUCAGAAUCGAAUACAAAUACUGUCCAAAUCUUACCAUUAUUGACACUCCAGGACUUAUUGCGCCUGCGCCUGCUCGAAAAAAUCGUUCUUUACAGGCUCAAGCUCGUGCCGUGGAAUCUAUGGUGCGAGCCAAAAUGCAGCACAAAGAAUUCAUUAUAUUAUGUCUUGAAGAUUGCAACGAUUGGAGUAAUGCUACAAUGCAGAGGAUUGUGAUGCAAAUUGAUCCUGAACUUUCAAGGACUGUAAUUGUCUCAACAAAGCUUGACACAAAAAUACCUCAGUUCGCACGAGCUUCAGAUGUGGAUGUUUUUCUUUCACCACCUGCAUGCACUCUUGAUGGUUUCAUGUUAGGCGAUUCACCCUUUUUCACAUCUGUUCCUUCUGGGAGAGUUGGGUCUGGUCAUGAAUCUGUUUACAGAUCGAUUGAUGAGUUUAAACAGAAUGCAACUUCCUGUACAUUGACAGGCUAUUUAUUUGAGAGAGAUGGAAGAUAUCACAGCUUUAGAGGAGAAGUUGGGAAGAUCACUUUCCAAACAGGAACGGAGCAGAAUAGGAGUUAGCAGC